AUGCCAACGAUUAUGCUUCUCACCUCUGCGCUCUGCCUCACCGCGGUGCUUUCUACGUCGAUCCUUGCGGGCGCUGGCCCAGAGUGUAAGAAGGGCGACUCUUCGCAGCACUGCGUCUACACUGUAGGCGACGCAUACCUCGCUGCUAAGAACCCCGUGAGCAUGUUCCAGCCUUACCACGUCUUGGCAUCCUCCCGCGACAAGUACGGCGAGAGCGCAUUCCUCAUCGAGGACUUCCUCAACGGAUCCUUCGGCCUGCAGUGCAAGAAGAGCUCUAGGAUGGAAACGUUUGUCUUCCUCUUUCAGGGCAACGCCAACCAUCUGUUCUCCAGGACGGCCAACACGGGCGUCGCCAAGGCUUAUUUUGAUGAUGGGGUGAAACGAGGAAAGCUUACACCCGGUACUGAGAUGAUCAGCUCGAAGGAUGGCGUCGAUAUUAUUGGGGACUGUCCUUGA